CCCUUAUAUAUUCAAGUGCAAUAGACCACACCACUGCAAACAAUUUUCUCUGCUUUAACACUUCUUCCCUCACCAGACUAAACAAUCACCGAUCAAACUCAUUCCCUUCAAUAUCUUAGAAGGAAAAAUGGGGUUGUUGUCAAGAAAAGCCAGUUGCAACUCUCAUGGGCAAGAUUCUUCUUACUUUCUAGGAUGGCAGGAAUACGAGAAUAACCCUUACCAUGAAGUCACCAACCCUAAAGGAAUCAUCCAAAUGGGUCUUGCAGAAAAUCAGCUCUGCUUUGAUCUUUUUGAAUCUUGGCUGGUGAAAAACCCAGACGCAGUUAGUUUGAAAAGAGAUGGCAAAUCCAUAUUCAAAGAGCUUGCUCUUUUCCAAGAUUAUCAUGGCUUACCUGCAUUAAAAAAUGCAUUGGUUGAUUUCAUGGCUGAAAUCCGAAGAAACAAAGUAAUUUUUGACCCAAAUCAUAUAGUCCUCACUGCUGGUGCAACUUCAGCUAAUGAAACUCUCAUGUUUUGUCUCGCUGAUGAAGGCGACGCUUUUCUUCUUCCUACGCCAUAUUAUCCAGGAUUUGAUAGAGAUCUCAAGUGGCGAACUGGGGUUGAAAUUAUACCAAUUCAUUGUACCGGUUCUAAUGGCUUCAAAAUCACUUUGUCCGCCAUUGAAGAAGCUUAUCAACAAGCUCAGAAAAAGAACCUCACAGUCAAAGGGGUUUUAAUAACCAACCCUUCGAAUCCUUUGGGGACGACGAUGGCGAGAGAAGAAUUAGAUUUGCUCAUUAACUUCAUCGACGACAAACAAAUUCAUUUAAUCAGCGACGAGGUUUACUCCGGCACCGUUUUUAACUCUCCGUCGUUUGUUAGUGUAAUGGAAGUUUUAAAGGAUAAAAAUCUGGAGAAAACUCAAGUAUGGGAAAGAGUUCAUUUGGUUUACAGUCUUUCUAAAGAUCUCAGUCUUCCCGGUUUUCGAAUCGGUGCGAUUUACUCCAACGAUUCCAUCGUGGUUGCCGCCGCAACGAAGAUGUCGAGCUUCGGCCUUGUUUCUUCUCAAACGCAGUAUCUCCUCUCUGCCAUGUUAUCCGACAAGAAGUUCACGAAAGAAUACGUGUCGGAAAACCACAGGCGGCUUCGACAGAGACGACGGGACCUGAUUUCCGGCCUGGAAAAGGCCGGCAUUCGUUGCUUAGAUAGCAAUGCCGGCCUGUUCUGCUGGGUCGACAUGAGACACCUCUUGAAUUCCGACACAUUCGAAGCCGAAAUGGAGCUCUGGGAGAAGAUAGUUUACGAUGUUAAACUGAACAUUUCGCCUGGUUCUUCGUGCCACUGCGUCGAACCGGGCUGGUUCCGAGUUUGCUUCGCCAACAUGUCGGAAAACACCCUGCAAAUCGCCAUCCAACGGUUGGAAUCAUUCGUUAGUUCCAUCGCCACCAUUAACACCCAAAGCCACGAAGAGUUGAAAAGCUUAAGAAAGAAAACACGCAACAAUUGGGUUUUCCGCCUUUCAUUUCAAUCUUUCCAUGAUCGCGAACAAGAUGACCGUUAAGUCUGGUUUUUCAGUUUACAGUUACCUUUUAUUUCCUAAUAUUUUUAUUUUUUAUUUUAUAAACAAUUGCUCAAAGUAAUCAUUUCUUGUGUAAACGAACAUAG